GUAGACUACGAGCUGCAUAUAAUUUAAUUGAAAAUGGAAUUGAUGCCUUGAUUGCUCGUGGCGGUGAUGGUACAUUAACUGGUGCUGAUACUUUAAGAUCUGAAUGGCCUGAUUUAACAAAAGAACUGAUCCAGACUGGUGAAUUAACUAAAGAAGUCGCUCCACAUGUGAAUCUCACUAUCGUUGGUAUUGCUAUUGAUAACAUUUCAUCUACGGCAUUUAGCCAUUCUCGUGCUUUUGUCAUUGAAGUAAUGGGAAGACAUU